GUAGUAGGCGGCAAAAUUCAAUGAUCUAAGAGCUGAACGUUCCCAUCUCCUUAUGUGUCUUCUUGAAGUGUUGUAAUCCAUGCUAAUGAUAAAAUAAAAAACGAGGAGAACGAAUCAAACCCUCUAAUUCCAUUAAAUAGUAGGUUUACAAUACGAUCACCUUCAUAUUUACAACAAAGAUGAAACAAGCAAAUAUGAGAACAUCUUUCUUACUAUUAGUUUCAACAUUGUUAUCUUUCUUUCUCUUAUUCUCGAAAUCGUCUGCAACUUUAAGCUCAACGCAUGGGGUUUUCCUGAAAUGCAUUUCCCUUCAUUCUGAUAUUUCUACCCCAAUCUACACCCCAAAAAAUGCCAACUAUUCAUCUGUCCUGCAAUCCACUAUGGCAAUGCUAAGAUUCAAUACAUCCUCCACUCCCAAACCUUUUCUUAUAUUGACACCUUUGAAAGAAUCUCAUGUUCAAAUCGCCGUAAUUUGUUCUAGAAAGCAUGGAAUUCAAAUGAAAGUUCGAAGUGGAGGCCAUGACUUUGAAGGACUUUCAUAUGUAUCAGAUGUUCCAUUCAUUAUCGUCGAUUUAUCAAAUCUUCGAGAAGUAGAUGUGGAUGUAAAAGGUAAAAUAGCUUGGGUUCAAUCUGGUGCAACUACAGGUGAACUGUAUUAUGAAAUUGCCAAGAAAAGCAACACUCUCGCCUUCCCUGCUGCCAUUUGCACAACUGUAGGUUUCGGUGGGUUCAUUAGUGGAGGUGGGUACGGGGCCAUGCUAAGAAGGUACGGAACUGCAGGUGAUAAUGUUAUUGAUGCUCGAAUUGUGGAUGUUCAUGGUCGAAUACUCGACAGAAAAUCCAUGGGAGAAGGCUUGUUUUGGGCCAUCCGUGGAGGUGGUGGAGGUAGCUUUGGAAUUGUCCUUUCAUGGAAGCUCAAAUUAGUAUUGGUUCCACCAACUGUAACAGUUUUCAGAGUAGACAAAACCUUAGCAGAAGGUGCGUUAUCUCUUGUUCAUAAGUGGCAAGAUAUUGCACAUAGGCUUCCUCAAGAACUUAUCAUAUUUCUAUCAUUACGUGUGCAUGCUACUACAACUGGUGAAAAAACAAUUACAGCAUCAUUUAGGUCCCUAUUUCUUGGGGAUGCUAAGAAGCUUAAAAUUGUGAUGGAUGCGACAUUUCCUGAGUUGAGUCAUAGUAAGGAUUUCAUCGAAAUGAGUUGGAUUCAAUCGGUACUUUUCUUGGAUGGACUUCCUUUUAACAGUUCAAUUGAUAUUCUAGGGAGGUUGCCACAAGCUAAGUCAAACUUUAAGGGAAAAUCUGACUAUGUGAGACAACCCAUUUCGCAAACUGAUCUAGAAUUGAUAUUGAAAAGAUUGCUAAAUGAUGAGCAAAAUACUAUGGUUUUUAUGCCUUAUGGUGGAAGAAUGAGUGAGAUUUCAGAAUCUAAAACUCCAUUCCCCCAUAGAAAUGGAACCUUAUUUAAAAUUCUUUACAUUGCUGCUCCAAACGGAGAACAGGGGGCGACAUCUGACGAGUAUAUUAAUCAGCUAAGAAGAAUGUAUGAAUUCAUGACUCCUUAUGUUUCCAAGUCUCCAAGAGAAGCAUACGUCAAUUAUAGAGAUCUUGACUUGGGUGAAACAAGUAAAAAUGGCACUGCCAGUUACUCACAAGCUAAGGUUUGGGGCAUCAAGUACUUCAAGGGUAACUUUGACAGAUUAGUAUAUGUGAAGACCAAAGUUGAUCCAGACAAUUUCUUCAGAACCGAACAAAGUAUCCCAAGUAUUGCGCAGUAACUAUGCAAUUCCUAAAAGGGUGUUUGGAUCACAUAUAUGAACUUGUGUGCAAAUAAUUAUUAUCUCAGUUAUGUAUCUUUGAGUGAAUAAGACAAGUCUAAGAAACAUUUAAUCUUCAUUGCAUA